AUGCUCUACUACGGCAACUAUUACGGCCCAUACUAUGGGGGCUAUGGAUUCGGCGGGCUCGGCUGUGGCUACGGCUGUGGUUAUCAGGGAUAUGGGGGAUAUGGAGGCUAUGGAUAUGGCUGCUGCCGCCCAUCUUGCUAUGGCAGAUAUUGGUCAUCUGGAUUUUACUGA